GAAUGCAGGUGAGGAAAGGCACGGACUCUGCGGCUGUGAAUCCAAACUUGGGCGCCGCUCGGUGCGCACGGUUCGGCCCUAGCCCGUGCGGGCGAAUGGUUCCUGCGGUUUCAGGCGGUGGCUUCGUGACUAAUGACCUUGCGCAGAGUUGUUAAGAAAAAAGAGAAAUCCGAGCUCUCCGGGGUGAAAAGCGACUGACUCUCUGGGCGUCUCUGAAGAUGGCUCGGGCUGCUCUUUGGCGCGCGGAGGAGAUCCGGACACGGACCGCGCUGUGACGCUAGUAGUCUCCACCGCACCGUGCCCGAAGCGACCUGCCGGGUAUUUUUCAUUCUCAAUUUGUUGACUGGCUCCCCUGCUACUUGAGAGGAGUCAGAGUUGAGACUGGCUUGUUGCUGAACCCGGAUCCUUGUGCAGGAAGCCGCUCACGUUUGCCUGGGCAGCCGGAGCGGGAGCAGAGGCUUGGUCUGGAGUGAGUGGCUGGAACGUGAAUUGGGCUCAACUCGAGUAGCGGCAAAGACUAGUGGGGCUGGCAGAGGGGGGGGAAGACUUCAGGUUCGCUCCCAGCCGCUUCCCGGCACCACCGCCAGCCUGCCGAAGCGGUUCUGGACCCUUCCAACAGAGCGGGAACCGGAGCUCAGGAUCCUCCUCCCGCUGCUGGGAUGACUUUGGGGGGGGCGCCGAGCCCGCGGCGCGCAGUGUCCCGUGAACUGUGAGUACUGCGACUGAACGGCGGCCGGCGAGCGGGCGAUUAGCACCCAUUGCAUGAAUUAUGAAACAAUAACUUUCGGAAGAAGCAGGAGGGAAAAAAAAAAAAAAGCAUCUAUUGCUGCUCCCCCGCCCCAUCGGUGGACUCUACACACUGCCCUUGCCCCCUCCCUCCCCCCCCUCAUUCCUUCCUUUCCCAGAGUGGAGAGAGGCUUGAGGGGAGGGCAGGCAGCCAUCCCGGGAGGAGGGGGCGCAGAGGGGGGGCUGUGGUUAGAAGGAGCAGUAGCAGCAACAGCAAGAGAAGAUGCUGAGGAUGCGGACGACGGGGUGGGCGCGCGGCUGGUGUUUUGGCUGCUGUCUCCUUUUGCCGCUCUGGCUCAGUCUGGCCGCCGCCAAGCAGCUCCUCCGAUACCGGCUGGCGGAGGAGGGCCCCGCCGACGUUCGGAUAGGCAACGUUGCCUCGGACUUGGGCAUCGUGACCGGAUCCGGUGAGGUGACUUUCAGCCUUGAGUCGGGCUCGGAGUACCUGAAGAUAGACAACCUCACCGGUGAGCUGAGCACCAGCGAGCGGCGCAUCGACCGCGAGAAGCUGCCCCAGUGUCAGAUGAUCUUCGACGAGAACGAGUGCUUCCUGGACUUCGAGGUGUCGGUGAUCGGGCCCUCGCAGAGCUGGGUGGACCUGUUUGAGGGUCGGGUCAUCGUGCUGGACAUCAACGACAACACGCCCACCUUCCCGUCUCCAGUGCUCACGCUCACGGUGGAGGAGAACCGGCCUGUAGGCACGCUCUACCUGCUGCCCACUGCCACCGACCGUGACUUUGGCCGCAAUGGCAUCGAGCGCUAUGAGCUGCUCCAGGAGCCCGGGGGCGGCGGCAGCGGCGGAGAGGGACGGCGCUCCGGGCCGGCCGACAGCGCCCCCUACCCAGGGGGCGGCGGGAACGGCGUGAGCGGCGGCGGACCCGGAGGCUCCAAGAGGCGACUGGACGCGCCAGAGGGCGGCGGCGCGACCACCCCCGGCGGCCGCAGCAGUGUGUUCGAGCUGCAGGUGGCAGACACCCCGGACGGCGAGAAGCAACCGCAGCUGAUCGUGAAGGGGGCGCUGGACCGUGAGCAGCGUGAUUCCUAUGAGCUGACCCUGCGGGUGCGCGAUGGCGGAGACCCGCCUCGAUCCUCGCAGGCCAUCUUGCGGGUGCUCAUCACCGACGUGAAUGACAACAGCCCGCGCUUCGAAAAGAGCGUGUAUGAGGCUGACCUAGCUGAGAACAGCGCCCCGGGUACCCCUAUCCUGCAGUUACGGGCCGCCGACUUGGACGUGGGUGUCAAUGGGCAGAUCGAGUACGUGUUUGGGGCGGCUACAGAGUCGGUCAGGCGACUACUGCGCCUCGACGAAACGUCCGGCUGGCUUAGUGUCUUGCACCGUAUUGAUCGCGAGGAAGUAAACCAACUGCGAUUCACAGUCAUGGCCCGCGACCGUGGGCAGCCCCCCAAGACCGACAAAGCCACCGUGGUCCUCAACAUCAAGGACGAGAAUGACAAUGUUCCAUCCAUUGAAAUCCGCAAGAUCGGGCGCAUCCCACUUAAGGACGGGGUGGCCAACGUGGCUGAGGACGUUCUGGUUGACACCCCCAUCGCCCUAGUACAGGUGUCAGACAGAGACCAAGGGGAGAACGGGGUAGUCACCUGUACCUUAGUAGGCGAUGUGCCCUUCCAGCUUAAACCGGCCAGCGACACAGAGGGCGACCAGAACAAGAAAAAGUACUUUCUGCACACGUCAGCCCCUCUGGACUAUGAGAACAACAGGGAGUUCAACGUGGUCAUAGUGGCAGUGGACUCUGGCAGCCCCAGCCUCUCCAGCAACAAUUCCUUGAUUGUCAAGGUGGGAGACACCAAUGACAACCCGCCGGUCUUUGGCCAGUCCGUGGUGGAGGUUUACUUCCCUGAGAACAACAUCUCUGGAGAGAGGGUAGCUACUGUGCUGGCGACUGACGCAGACAGCGGGAAGAACGCCGAAAUCGCCUACUCGCUGGACUCGUCCGUAAUGGGGAUCUUUACCAUUGAUCCCGAUUCUGGGGACAUCCUGGUCAAUACCGUGCUGGACCGGGAGCAGACAGACAGGUAUGAGUUUAAAGUGAAUGCCAAAGACAAAGGCAUCCCUAUGCUGCAGGGCAGCACCACAGUAAUUGUGCAGGUGGCUGAUAAGAAUGACAAUGACCCUAAAUUUAUGCAGGAAGUCUUUACCUUUUAUGUGAAAGAAAACUUGCAACCCAACAGCCCAGUGGGAAUGGUCACCGUGAUGGAUGCUGACAAGGGACGGAAUGCAGAGAUGAGCCUCUACAUAGAGGAAAACAGUAACAUCUUUUCUAUUGAAAAUGACACGGGGACCAUUUACUCCACAAUGUCUUUUGACAGGGAACAUCAGACCACAUACACUUUCAGAGUCAAGGCUGUGGAUGGGGGAGAACCUCCCAGAUCAGCCACAGCCACCGUCUCUCUCUUUGUGAUGGAUGAAAAUGACAAUGCUCCCACAGUUACCCUUCCCAGAAACAUUUCCUACACUGUACUGCCACCAUCAAGUAAUGUCAGGACAGUAGUAGCUACAGUACUGGCAACAGACAGUGAUGAUGGCAUCAACGCAGAUCUCAACUACAGCAUUGUGGGAGGGAAUCCCUUCAAGCUGUUUGAGAUUGAUUCCACCAGUGGUGUGGUUUCCUUAGUGGGAAAACUCACCCAAAAGCAUUAUGGCCUGCACAGAUUGGUGGUGCAAGUGAAUGAUAGUGGGCAGCCUUCCCAGUCCACCACGGCUCUGGUGCAUGUAUUUGUCAAUGAAAGUGUUUCUAAUGCAACUGUGAUUGACUCCCAGAUAGCCAGAAGUUUGCACACCCCACUCACCCAGGACAUAGCUGGUGACCCAAGCUAUGAAAUUAGCAAACAAAGACUCAGUAUUGUCAUUGGGGUGGUUGCUGGCAUUAUGACUGUGAUUCUAAUCAUUUUAAUUGUUGUAAUGGCAAGGUACUGCAGGUCCAAAAAUAAAAAUGGCUAUGAAGCUGGGAAAAAAGAUCAUGAAGACUUUUUUACACCCCAACAGCAUGACAAAUCUAAAAAGCCUAAAAAGGACAAGAAAAACAAGAAAUCUAAGCAGCCUCUCUACAGCAGCAUUGUCACUGUAGAAGCUUCUAAACCAAAUGGACAGAGGUAUGACAGUGUCAAUGAGAAGCUGUCAGACAGCCCAAGCAUGGGGCGAUACCGAUCUGUUAAUGGUGGGCCUGGCAGUCCUGACCUGGCAAGGCAUUACAAAUCUAGUUCCCCAUUGCCUACUGUCCAGCUUCACCCUCAGUCACCAACAGCAGGAAAAAAACACCAGGCUGUACAAGAUCUACCACCAGCCAACACAUUUGUGGGAGCAGGAGACAACAUUUCAAUUGGAUCAGAUCACUGCUCUGAGUACAGCUGUCAAACCAAUAACAAGUACAGCAAACAGAUGCGUCUACAUCCAUACAUUACUGUGUUUGGCUGAAUUCCACUCUAAUAUGAUGCUCCAUUUUGCACCAUACUGUGAUGACCUUACUACUCCGAAACCUGCUGGAGCCUGCCCUUGGCCGUGGAGUGUCAGCCAAUCACUGUUUGUUCCAUUUGUACAUUUUAUUUUCAAGUUUUUUUUCUUUCUCAUUUAGAGAAAACAGAAAAUAAAUAAACUUACCCCAAAACACAGUAUUAAUAAGGAAAUGUGCUACUCGUGUAUGUCUGAGUCACCAAGAAUUCCAUCCCCAAAGAGGUGGUUAGCACCUAUUAGACUUACUAGUGAAAUCAUUAGAAAAAAAUCCAAAAGCAAAUUUCAACAAUACUUUUAAGAUUUUGGCUUUGUAUGAGCAGAGGAAAAUUAAGUCUUACAAGUCUUUGUCUAUAGUACAUUAAAUACUGACUUCAAAUAAAAUCUGAUCAAU